CCAUCUCACACGGAAGAGCUCCUUCCUGGUACCUGCUUCCUGCUUCGUCGUCCUCUAUAAAUUCUCAGAGCAGCCACCACUCUUCGCAUCGAUCGAUCGAUCUCGAUCUCCUCUUCCAUGGCUCCCUCCACGCCCGUCGUCGCCGGCCUUCUACUCUUCCUGCUCGGGGUCUGCCUCGUCGAUUCGCGCUCCGUCUACGACCAUCAUCACCAUUCGGUUGUGGCCAACGGAAGAUGGCUUCUCCAGGCGGCGCCGGCCGUCACCAUCGACUGCGGGGCGAAGUGCUCGGUGCGCUGCAGCAAGUCGUGGAAGCGGAAGAUGUGCAACAAGUUGUGCGGGGUUUGCUGCAGCAAGUGCAACUGCGUGCCGCCGGGCACGUCGGCGGAGACACGCGCCAUGUGCCCCUGCUACGCCACCAUGACCAACCCUCACGGCAAGCUCAAGUGCCCGUAGAAUGCAUCCGUGGGUGGCGCCAUUCGUCUUUGUGCGGUUGCUGGUUGCGCUUCUCCACUGUGGUUCGUCUCCCUUCUUCCUUUGUGAUCCCUCUGCUGUGACUCGAUGCAGUUGAUGGUGUGAUCUUAGAGGCAUCAGAUGGUGGUAGCUGCCUGAGAGCAGAUGGAGGGGGUUCCAUGGAGUGUGUCUGUAGUAUGCAACAGAGCAAAGUUGGAAUAAACCAUUUGGAGCUAGUGGGUCC